AUCCCCGUGUCGGGCGGACGCUGCAGACCGGUUGCUUUCCGACGACUCUUGCAGACCUCGCUUCUUUUUAUACAGCCAGGACCUGGGCAUUCGCGCCUUCGAGGGACGGGCGGACGGGAGGUCUGGAAGACAUUUUCCAUCUGAUAUGCUACUGGUCCUGAGGAAACAAGGAACUGCUCAGUCAGAUACAGAGAAUGCAGUGGAGAAGACCUCUAAGGAGAUACCAGAGCCACAGCUGCUACUCCAUGGCUUACCAUAUACCAAAUAUGGCCACCAAAGUCACAGUGUGCAAUGUUCAGGAAAUAAAAAGCUUGUUGAAGUUUAUUAGGUCUAUUUUUCUUAGAUUUUGAAGUUUGCAAUAUCAUCCCUUUGUGAAAAAGGAGGAACGAUGACUUUAUAUAGUUUCUGUUUGCUUCUGUUUGCGUUUACUUGGAAUACCUCUGCAUAUGGACCAAAUCAAAGGGCACAGAAGAAAGGAGAUAUUAUCCUUGGUGGUUUGUUCCCCAUUCAUUUUGGAGUGGCUGCUAAAGACCAGGAUCUGAAAUCUCGCCCAGAAUCAGUUGAGUGCAUAAGGUAUAAUUUCCGUGGUUUCCGUUGGCUUCAGGCAAUGAUCUUUGCCAUUGAGGAGAUUAAUAACAGUCCAACUCUUCUUCCCAACAUAACUCUUGGAUACAGCAUAUUUGACACCUGCAACACAGUCUCCAAAGCCUUGGAGGCCACACUGAGUUUUGUGGCCCAAAAUAAGAUAGACUCCCUGAAUCUGGAUGAAUUCUGCAAUUGUUCAGAUCACAUACCUUCCACAAUCGCAGUAGUGGGAGCAACUGGCUCUGGGAUCUCUACUGCAGUGGCCAAUCUUCUGGGCCUCUUUUACAUACCUCAGGUUAGUUAUGCUUCAUCCAGCCGACUCUUGAGCAACAGGAAUGAAUACAAAUCUUUCCUGCGUACUAUACCUAAUGAUGAACACCAGGCCACUGCCAUGGCAGACAUUGUUGAGUACUUCCGCUGGAACUGGGUGGGUACCAUUGCAGCAGAUGACAAUUACGGCCGACCAGGAAUUGAAAAGUUCAGGGAAGAGAUGGAGGAGAGAAACAUCUGUAUCGAGUUCAGCGUACUCAUUGCCCAGUACUUACCUGAGGACCAGAUUUUGCAGGUGGUGAGUGAGAUCGAAAAUUCCACAUCAAAAGUGAUUGUUGUCUUUUCUAGUGGACCAGACCUGGAACCUCUGAUUAAAGAGAUUGUCACACACAAUAUUACUGGCAGGAUCUGGCUAGCAAGUGAAGCAUGGGCCAGCUCUUCACUCAUAGCCAUGCCAGAAUUCUUUCACGUCAUGGGCGGCACCAUUGGAUUUGCUCUAAAGGCAGGACAGAUCCCUGGUUUUCGUGAAUUUCUGCAGAAGGUACAUCCUAAGAAAUCUGUUAACAAUGGAUUUAUCAAAGAGUUUUGGGAAGAGACUUUUAACUGCUACCUGCCAGAUGGAAACAAGAACUUUCUAAGUCCUGCUUCUUUGCACAAGGUCCACGAGGAAGGCUCUAGAGUUGGAAAUGGAACAGCUGCCUUCCGUCUUCCAUGUACGGGAGAAGAAAAUAUCACAAGUGUGGAGACCCCAUACAUGGAUUAUACCCAUCUGCGGAUAUCUUAUAAUGUGUACUUGGCAGUAUACUCAAUUGCUCAUGCUUUACAGGAUAUAUAUACUUGUACUCCUGGGAAAGGGCUAUUCUCCAAUGGCUCAUGUGCAGACAUCAAGAAGGUUGAGGCAUGGCAGGUAUUGAAGCAUCUGCGGCAUUUGAACUUCACUAAUAAUAUGGGAGAGCAAGUGGAUUUUGAUGAGUCUGGGGGCCUAAUAGGAAAUUACUCCAUAAUCAAUUGGCACCUGUCACCAGAAGAUGGCUCUAUUGUGUUUGAGGAGGUUGGACACUAUAACGUUUUUGCCAAGAAAGGAGAAAGAUUGUUUAUCAAUGAAAACAAGAUCCUAUGGAGUGGAUUCUCCAGAGAGGUGCCAUUCUCUAACUGCAGCAGGGACUGCCAGCCAGGCAAAAGGAAGGGCAUUAUCGAAGGAGAGCCCACAUGCUGUUUUGAAUGCGUAGAAUGCACUGAUGGGGAGAUCAGUGACGAGACAGAUGCCAGCGCGUGUGAGAAGUGUGCAGAAAACUUCUGGUCCAAUGAAAACCACACAUUUUGCAUUCCCAAGCAAAUAGAAUUUCUCUCUUGGACAGAGCCCUUUGGGAUUGCUCUCACCCUUUUUGCAAUACUAGGCAUCUUUCUCACCUCGUUUGUCCUGGGUGUCUUUACCAGAUUUCGCAACACACCCAUCGUCAAAGCCACAAAUCGAGAACUCUCCUAUCUUCUAUUGUUUUCUCUGCUGUGUUGCUUCUCCAGUUCCCUUUUCUUCAUUGGCGAGCCCCAGGAUUGGAACUGCCGCUUGCGACAGCCAGCCUUUGGCAUCAGUUUUGUCCUCUGCAUCUCUUGCAUUCUGGUGAAGACCAAUCGCGUCCUGCUGGUUUUCGAGGCCAAAAUCCCCACAAGCCUCCAUCGUAAGUGGUGGGGCCUCAACCUCCAGUUCCUGCUGGUCUUCCUGUGCACAUUUGUGCAGAUAGUUAUCUGCGUCAUUUGGCUGUACACAGCUCCCCCUUCUAGCUUUCGGAACCAUGAGCUGGAGGAUGAGAUCAUCUUUAUCACCUGCAACGAGGGCUCCUUGAUGGCACUGGGCUUCCUGAUUGGAUACACUUGCCUCCUGGCCGCCAUCUGUUUCUUCUUUGCCUUCAAAUCCCGCAAGCUGCCUGAAAACUUCAACGAGGCCAAAUUCAUCACUUUCAGCAUGCUGAUUUUCUUCAUUGUUUGGAUCUCUUUUAUUCCAGCCUACGCAAGCACCUAUGGGAAGUUUGUUUCUGCUGUGGAGGUGAUUGCCAUCCUGGCUGCCAGUUUUGGGCUCCUGGCUUGCAUCUUCUUCAACAAGGUCUACAUCAUUCUCUUUAAACCCUCACGCAACACUAUUGAGGAGGUACGCUGUAGUACGGCUGCUCACGCCUUCAAAGUGGCAGCCAGGGCAACACUACGACGCAGCAAUGUGUCCCGCAAGAGAUCCAACAGUCUUGGGGGGUCCACAGGCUCUACCCCAUCCUCAUCCAUUAGUGGCAAAAGCAACCACGAAGACCCCUUUGCACUACCAAGCCCUACAGAGCAACAGCAACAACAUGGGUGCAGGCAAAAGGUGAGUUUUGGUGGUGGGACUGUCACCUUCUCACUGAGCUUUGAGGAGCAUCAGAAAAAUGCAGUAGCCAACAGAAAUGCAAAGCACAGGAACUCCUUGGAAGCCCAAAAUAGCGACGAUAGCCUCACGCGGCACAAGGCCCUUCUUCCUCUGCAAUCUAAUGAACUUCUAGGUAGUGAGCCCAAUUUCCAGACAGCCUCAAAUCAAGGCUCCAACACCCAGGAAUCAACAAUUGGAGAAAACAAGCAGGAAGGACAAAAUUUAGAAGAAGACCAACCUCCUUUAUCAGCUUCAUACCUGCGGGAUUUUGUAGGCAAUGACUCCAACAUAGAGAAUGCCAUCCAUUCGUAAUCAAAGGAGGAGGAACCAAUAAACUCGUGCUUUUCUUUUGAAUGGAGAAAAGGACUGGGUCCAUCUGCAGCACAGCCAGCCACUUCUUGCUGUUAGAAUCAGGCACCUCCAAGAAAAAGUUGAUGGGGCAGUUUCCGAAGCGUGCAUCUUGUGAGCCUUUCAGUGGAAUUCGGUGGUGGUUGUGGAAGAUACAAGGAUAAGAAAACUUUUGGAAGGAUGAAGAGAGAUUUUUGGCGUAUGAGCAAAAUUUUGUCAUCACCAUUUCACUAUAGUGGUUUAGGCCACCAACAUGUUGGUUAGUGAACAUACCUAGGGAGUUCCAGUAACAUGUUCCACUUUUUACAUUGAUGUAUAUUAUCCCUUUUCUUCAUAUGAUGUAUAAUGGUUCAACUUUAUAUGUAAAACUGCCUAGGCUCAACAAAGGAAAAACGUGCUGCUUUACAUAAAACAGGGCAUCUAGUUUCAAUUAGGCAACCGUCAAUCUCCAGGAAAUUGCUGAACUACGUUCAGCCAGGAGCUUGAACGUAGAAUGUAUUUAAAUUCCUAGAUGUUGCUCCCUGUAUGUAUAUAAAAAGACAAGCCAAUUAACGCUGUUGCCAGUGCCUUACAUGAGGAAUUAAUGUAUUGCGCCCAUGAGAGAUAUCUCUGCAUUACACAGAAACAAAGUUUCCCCAGAGGUUUGUUUCCAGGUCUUGCUCACUUUGAAGGCUGAAAGAGAAUUUGUAAUCCUACAGAUUAUAUAAAGAGCUCAGUCAAAUGUGUCCAUUAAUUUAGGCUUCUGUUGAAGUCUUAUUGCAGCAGUUUGAGGGUUGGGUUCGGGUUUUUUCUCCUGUAAGAUAUCUAGCUGUAAUAGUUUACACCUCAUUGUGCUGUGUCAGCUUCUCUAAACCUGGAACUACUAAAGGCCAAGUUGAGAACUGCUGAGGUCCUACACUAUCAUGUUUAAGAGGCUCCUGGCAUUAUUAAAAACAUAUAUCAUUCUAAUAGAAACGUAUGUUUUUUUAUAUAAACAGGCCCAUUGCAAACUAAGGCUCUUGACUGUAUAUUGCUUAGCUUAUACUUAAACCCAGCACUGUAGCUAUUUACACAACUAUUCCAGGACAUUUUCAGAUGCAACCAAACUGAAAAAGAAUUGUAAGAAGGUGAAAAGUCCAGAAAUCGGGGGGAGGGAGGCUAUCUUAAUUGGCUGUGGCAGAUAAGACUCAAAGUUUGAGGUGGAACUGACUUAAGAGGACUAGUUAUCUCUGAAAUUUUUCACAGCUUCUCAAGUUUCAGAUUGAUUCGUAUUUGUUCACAGUUUAGCUAUGGGAAGGCUCUUUGCGCAGCGGCAACAUUUUAUCAGCUCAUAAUUCUGAAGUUAGCUGGCUGGAUUAAGUAUCUGGCUACAGAGCCAGAGGUAGGGAGUUGGAUUUCCCA